AUUUUUAGGUUUAAAUUAAAAUUUGUGAUUGAUAACCUUUCUUUUAAAUAUUUAAAAAACAUUUCUAGGAUUCAUAUAAAUGGCUAUUAUUUUGACUCGCAGUUGAACCAAGUAACCAACUGUGCAAUUUCCUCAAAUUGUGGUUUUCAAUCUCAAUUUCAAUUUCCUGUGGGAAUCAGAAAUAGAAAACCUAGAAAAUCUAGCACUUUUCCCUCAAAUCGCUGUAGAUUGCAGCAGAAAAGAGGCAUCUUUUGUUGUUAGAGUUUGUGCUCGGAGACAUGGCAAUUGGGCUUGUGGAUUACAGUAAUACUCUGACACUGGGAAGAAAGAGGGUCGUGGUUUCCAACGAUGUGGAAGCUUCUCCUCAAGUUACUACUCCAUUGAAGAAAAUAUGCAGUCGCGAAAUCUCUUCCAAGUCUCAGAUGUCUCCCCUUGAAGCCAUUCCUCAGGAUAUUCUGGUCCAGGUGUUGUGCAGUGUGGACCAUGAAGAUUUGAAGCAGCUUUUUCAUGUGUCUAAAACAAUUAGGGAUGCAACUCUGAUAGCAAAGGACUUACAUUUUGAGUACAGUACCCCAAAGAAGAAAACUUUUGCUUUUCUUCAUCCUAAUGCAGAUGUGUCUAAGGAAAUUGAAACUCCAAAAGCGCCCUUGAGAAAAUCAAAGUCAAGAUGGAAUGCAAAUUUGGCAGACAUCACAAUGGCCUUGUUUAAAGAAGAAUUUUGAAUGGUGAGUCAAGGGAAGAUGAAAGAGAAAAUAAUCAUCAGAAGUGAGGAUUGUGAAUAGAUAGAUUACAUUCAAUAGAUUAUACCUUUGAUAGAUCAGAAGUCUUCUCACGCUGUUUCUUCAAAUCUUUCAUUGAAGAUACGACGCGUAAUCGUGUUUCUGUACAUCUAUAGACAGGCAAAUAGAAACAAAAAUUCAAAUUGUUAGAAUUUUGUUGGAGGGCAAUCUAUGGCCCUCAUAUUGUGAUAUAUUUCAUGACAUUGUCUGUAUUAAUAAAAGAGAAAAGUUUGUUUCAAUUUUC